AUGGCUGGAAAUUUUGGCCAUUUCCCGUUGGCUGUCGAGAUGAGCUGGGGGAGAUGGAGGUGGAUAUCUUCUCCUCCUGCAUGGUGGGUGGCUGCUGGCGUUAUGUGCCUUCCUUGCGUGGAUGCCGUCUCGUGGUGUGUGAACUGUGCGGCUGGGCCUGCUGCCCUUUCCGCAUGUUGUCUGCUCUCUCUCUCGCUGUAUCCGCGGUGCUUCGUCCCUCUCCCUCUUGUUGCAUUCUUUUUCUUCUGCCUCACGGAUCAGCUGACUGACUCCAGCGACUCCACUACGGGUGACGAUGACUGCGGUGAUGACGAUGGUGACGGCGCUGUGCGGUGUGCGCCGUGUUGGUCCUUGCGCUCUUGUGCUGCUGUUGGGAGUCCUGGAGAUGUAUCUGGUGCUGCGGAUGCGGUGGUUGUGCCGGUGGAUGUGCCGGUGGAUGUGUUGUGUGCUCCGAGUGGCGGCAGCCUGAGCUAUCGCGUGCGUGUGUGUGUGUGUGUGGGCGUGGAAGAAGGGUUCUGCUGCCGGUGCUGA